GAGAGUCAAUUCCAUUUAGCGAACAUGUCACUUAUGGUACAGUGACCUUGACAAAUACAAAGUUGAGUCUCCUUAUUAUUACUUCGUGGUUUUCGAGUACAACAUUCCAUGUCUUUUUUAAGACAAACUUAGGAAGGAAAUAAUGUCUUUUAUAGACUGCAAUUCAAAGAUUAAAAAAUUCAAAGAAAAUGAUGUAUCAGUUGUUAACUUAGAUUUAGAUGUUACAUCAGUCACAAAUAAUAUUGAAUCAGAAUUUUCAGCAGAAGAAGUUAUUGCAGAACCCUCAGUAGAAACUUUACGAAAUGCAAUUAAAGAUUUAGAAGAACCGGUUUUAUUUCGUAACUUAUUACGAAAAUGCAAUGGAGAAAAUGUCUGGGAUAUUCUUAAAUGGGAUAUGGAAACACUAUCCGAGAAGAUUGGAGAGAAAAUAUUACCUUUUAGAUCAGGAUAUAAAGCAAGAACUACGAAACCACAGUGGGAAGUAAAAAAUCGUGUUGAAUGGAUGACAAUGAAAGCAUUUAUGAACAAGAAGGAUUCUUGUAACUGGUAUUAUUUCGACUACAAAUAUAUGCACGAUUGGUGUAAAGAUUGCCCUGAAAUUUUAAAUUCUCUUAGUUGGAAUACCUUUGGUUUCAAUUUAAGUGGCGAAGAUUCUACAAUUUGGAUUGGCAAUGAAGGCGCUCAUACAAAUUGUCAUCAAGAUUCCUACGGAUGUAAUUUAGUAGCUCAAAUACAUGGACAAAAAGAAUGGAUUCUCUUCCCUCCGGAAGCUACAGAAAACCUUCGACCAAGGAGAGUGCCUUACGAGGAAUCGACUGUUUACAGUUCAAUAAAUCUUUAUUCACCAUCUCUGGAAGAAGAAAACCAGAUUAAAAAUAUUUCUGGUGUAAGGAUAGUCACCUUACAGCCGGGAGAGGUUUUAUUUAUUCCAAAAGGCUGGUGGCAUUAUGUAGAAUCUUUAAAUUUGAGUGUCAGUAUUAAUGUUUGGUUGCCUCUAGAAACAGACUGUAAAGCCAGACUUGAAGAGUCAUUGGUGAAAUUGAUGAUAAAUGAAAUUGGAACAAAUAUUCCUACUACAUCAGAAACUGAGAAAUGUUCUAUUUUUGAGUCCAUCAGUUUUAUAAGAAGAUCUCUUGAAGAAUGUAAUAAACAGAAAAUAAAGAAAGUUUCAGCGAGAAGCAACGAUCAAGCAGUUUGGACAACGACGACUUUAACGAAUGCAUAUUCCUCCUUUGUAUUUUUAGUGCGACAUUUGAACUCAACAGAAUUACAGCAUUGUUUAUCAUUAAAGAGAAAUCGAUUUUCAACAUGUAUUGAUAAUGCAAAUGAUUAUUCCAUUAAACAAAAUGAACUUGGCCUUUCGAAUCAGCUAUUAUUUGAAAAAAUUGUUAACGCUUUUUGCAAUCCAGAGGCAAUUAAAAAGGUGGCUGAUACUUUACUAAAUGAGGACUCUUUUAGUUAGUAAAUAGCUUUUUCCCUACUAGUAUAUUAACAUUAAUAACAAUGUAUUUUUAUUAUAAAUAAAUUAAAUUGUACAUUUUUGUAUUUAAAUAAAUUAAAUAAGUUUUAA